UGUUGGAGUAUGUCACAACUUGUUUAUCAAGUCACAGUAUUAGCCAUUACAAUAGGAAGGGGAUUUGACAACUUGACUUCUGUCCAUCUCGCACGGCAUACUCCUACAGGAACACUGGUCACUAUAAAAAUCACAAAUCUGGAAAACUGCACUGAAGAACGCCUAAAAGCUUUACAGAAAGCAGUGAUUCUAUCCCACUUUUUCCGGCAUCCCAAUAUUACAACUUACUGGACUGUUUUCACUGUUGGCAGCUGGCUUUGGGUUAUUUCUCCUUUUAUGGCCUAUGGUUCAGCAAGUCAACUCUUGAGGACUUACUUUCCUGAAGGAAUGAGUGAAACUUUAAUAAGGAACAUUCUCUUUGGAGCAGUGAGAGGGUUGAACUAUCUGCAUCAAAAUGGCUGUAUUCACAGGAGUAUUAAAGCCAGCCAUAUCCUCAUUUCUGGUGAUGGCCUAGUGACCCUCUCUGGCCUGUCCCACCUGCAUAGUUUGGUUAAGCACGGACAGAGGCAUAGGGCUGUGUAUGAUUUCCCACAGUUCAGCACAUCAGUGCAGCCGUGGCUGAGUCCAGAACUACUGAGACAGGAUUUACAUGGAUAUAAUGUAAAGUCAGAUAUUUACAGCGUUGGGAUUACAGCCUGUGAAUUGGCCAGUGGGCAGGUUCCUUUCCAAGACAUGCACAGGACACAGAUGUUAUUACAGAAACUGAAAGGUCCUCCCUACAGUCCAUUGGAUGCCAGUAUUUUUCCUCAGUCAGAAUCCAGAAUGAAAAAUUCCCGAUCAGGUGUAGACUCUGGGAUUGGAGAAAGUGUACAUGUCUCCAGUGGGACUCGCACAGUAAAUAGUGACAGAUUGCAGACACCCUCCUCAAAAACGUUCUCUCCCGCCUUCCUCAGCUUGGUACAGCUCUGUUUGCAACAAGAUCCUGAGAAAAGGCCAUCAGCAAGCAGCUUACUGUCCCAUGUUUUCUUCAAACAGAUGAAAGAAGAAAACCAGAGUUCCAUACUUUCACUGUUGCCUCCUCCUUGUCACAAGCCAUCAAUAUCACUGUCUCCAGCAUCACCUUGGACUGAGCCAGAAUGUGAUUUUCCUGAUGAAAAAGACUCAAACUGGGAAUUCUAGGGCUGCCAGAUCCUUUUAUGUCCUAUAUACUUGACACUUUCUCCCUGCUGCUUUUUCUUCUGUAUUGCUAGGUACAAGUACUAGAAUUAUACUUGAAAAUACAGUUGGUGCACUGGAGAAUCUAUCAUUUGAAACCACUCUGUUCAAAGGAGCAGGAGUUUAUAGCCCCUUCGGUUAGCUCAGAGUGCUCUGACAACUCCAGGGAAACUUUGGAAUUAUUACUCUAACUACACUUAGUGUCAUCUGUGUAUGACAGAUGACAUGAAAAAAAUAUUCUUCCCCAAGCUGUGACUAACUCUUCUUUUUGAUCUCUCAGUGUGAUUUUUGAGCCAGUUAAAUUUUUCAGCAUUUUGCUGCCCUCAGGGGAAUGAGCCCGCAGAGGACAGUGUUUCCAAGUACAUUUUUUACUUCCAAAUCCUAGCCUUUUUGAUCAGCCAUUGUUAAAACAAUAGGGUUUUAUCCUGGCAUCAAACCCUUUUCUGAUAGAAGGGAAAAUGCUUAUACUUUCCCACUUUCUUCUGUUAAUAUUUCUGGUAAUAUCAAACUGAGCCUCACUCACAUUAAAUGAUUCACUUGAAAUAUACACAGAAGUUGUAAUUUGCUUUUUUUAAGGGGCUGAAGUAACACUUUUGUACUUAUGUAAAUUAUAGAUCCUAAAUUCAUGCACCCAGUGGGAGCUCAAUAAAGAUUUAUUGAAUUGAGUUUAUACUUAAUAAUUUUGUGUGGUUUGACAGAGCUAAAAUAUAAGAUUCUAAUUUGUUUUGCCAAGGAAAGCUUUUUCUCAGAGAAAUAGAUACACUUACAUAACCUGUUGAAUUGGGGACAACUUGGUAUUUGAUUCAGUGGAAGCAGAUCUUCCAGCCCUUUAUAUGAUUAUUCUUGCUCCUGUAGGGGGUACAACAUAUAAGGACAUAGAGAACUUGAGGUUUUACCUUAUUAGCAAAGGGGAUAUGCUGUCUUAAAGGGAGUAUGUAUUUUGGACUGUGAUAAAUUGGGUUUACCUCAGUUAGCAGAUUUUAUUUGCAUACACUUGACAUUACAUUAAAAAUUAUGUUUAAAUGAUUGCUUUAAGACUUGACACUGAGACAAAUAAUAUACAAAUUAAAUAGUUAAAAACA